UGCGAUUGGGCCCCGUGUGCGGGCCGCAUGACAGAGAACGCUGGGAUUGCCAGACCGGCGGAUGAGAAGCCAGGCGGCGGCCACCAGCCAACACCAGCAAGCUUGGAUGAUAGGUCCGCAGGAGCGAGAACGGAGGCUGCCUGGCAUUCCAGGAACAGGAAGCAGCGGUCGAGAUCGAGGGUGGCUGUGCUUCGGGCGACAGCGGAGACGAGGCCCCGGCAUGAUGGGUCCCAGGGACAACAGCCAGGCAGCCCGGACGGGCGACCGUGCACGCGUCAUCCUCGCAACCCUCAUCGCCGCCAUUGCCACCUCACGCACUCGCUCGUGUCCACUGGCCAGCACCAGCCACGCCACAUCUUCCUGGUCGAGGCCACGCCAGCUGAAGGGCACGCGUUUACAUUGACGAGGCGGUGCAGCGGCCGGUCUUGCCCUGAAGAAGCGCGGCGUGGUAGACUUGGGGAAGAUGAGGAGCUCGACGCCGCCAACCACACCGCGGACACGACGGCGAGCCCGAAGCUGAAGCUGCCACAGACAGCGUUUUGCGGGCCGCUCGCAGUGGUCACAAGUGGGUGCCUGCACCCAGUGACCGCUGCUCGAGACUGCGCGAAGAAUUCCGUCCGACCGGUUGCUGCUAGAGACGGACGCGCCUUCGACAUCCAAUAA